AACACUCUGUUCUCUCCGUCAGGGAACAAAGGUCGCGCUUUUCAAGGUUCUGCAGAGCUCGCUAAUUGUGUGUUAAAGUAGAGCCUUGGCACUCUUUAACUUGGAACACGCUCAGACUUUAUCGUGGCCAUUAUCGGGGCGAGGCUCUGACACCAUCUAUUGACAAUGAGUCAGAAAUGAACCUCAACCCGAGCGCUCCUCGCCUCCCGAGCUCAGUCACUCCGCUCCGCGCGCGCGCACGCUCAAGCAAGAACAGCUAAAGCCGGUUCUCUGUGAGCUCACCUUUAUUUUUCCUGAAAGCAGACACACACACACAACAGGAGCGACCAUGCCUAAACCAGUCAACGUCCGCGUCACUACAAUGGACGCCGAGCUGGAAUUUGCCAUCCAGUCUGUCACCACAGGCAAACAACUCUUUGAGCAGGUCGUCAAGACAGUGGGCCUGCGUGAGGUGUGGUACUUUGGCCUGCAGUAUAUGGACAACAAAGGUUAUCUUACCUGGCUGAAACUGGAGAAAAAGGUGUUAUCUCAGGAUGUGAGGAGAGAGACCCCCCUACAGUUUAUGUUCCGGGCUAAGUACUUCCCUGAGGACGUGGACAAUGAGUUGAUCCAGGACAUCACACGCAAGCUAUUCUUCCUUCAGGUGAAAGAUGAAAUCUUGAGUGACAGUGUCUACUGCCCCCCAGAGACAGCCGUGCUACUGGCUUCCUACUCCGUGCAGGCCAAGUAUGGAGAUUUCUCCAAGGAGAACCACAAGCCUGGGUACCUUACAUCAGAGCGCCUGCUACCCCAAAGAGUGCUUGAGCAGCACAAACUCUCCAAAGAUCAGUGGGAGGAGAGGAUCCAGGUUUGGCAUGAGGAGCACAGUGGCAUGUUAAAGGAAGAUGCUAUGCUGGAGUACUUAAAAAUUGCACAAGAUUUGGAGAUGUAUGGAGUCAACUACUUCGACAUCAAGAACAAGAAAGGAACAGAGCUAUGGCUUGGUGUGGAUGCUCUUGGACUUAACAUCUAUGAGAAGGAGGACAAAUUGACACCAAAGAUCGGAUUCCCUUGGAGUGAAAUCAGGAACAUAUCAUUCAAUGACAAGAAGUUUGUCAUCAAACCAAUUGACAAAAAGGCCCCAGACUUUGUGUUCUACGCUCCUCGUCUGCGCAUCAACAAGCGCAUCCUGCUUCUGUGCAUGGGGAACCACGAGCUGUACAUGCAACGCAGGAAGCCUGACACCAUUGAGGUGCAGCAGAUGAAGGCACAGGCCAGAGAGGAGAAACACCAGAGGCAGAUGGAGAGAGCCCUGCUUGAAAAUGAGAAGAAGAAGAGAGAAAAUAUUGAGAGAGAAAAGGAGCAGAUGGAGAGAGAGAAGCGAGAAAUGAUGCUGAGGCUUUCCCAGUUUGAGGAGAAGGCCAAGAAAGCAGAGAAAGACCUGCAGUUGCAGCUGGACAGGGCCAUGCGGCUGGAGGAAGAGAGGCGAAAGGUAGAGCAAGAGUCUGCUCGUCUGGAGGCUGAGAGACAGGCAGCUCUGCUCGCUAAAGAAGAGCUGGCCAGACAGGCCGAGGACCAGAUGAAGAAUCAGGAGCAACUGGCUGCAGAACUUGCUGAGUACACUGCAAAGAUCUCCCUGCUGGAGGAGGCCAAGAGAGUCAAGGAGCAAGAGGCUGACCAAUGGCAGAACAGGGCUAAGGAGGCACAAGAUGAUCUGUUUAAGACUCGUGAGGAGCUGCACUUGAUGAUGGCUGCUCCAGUACCACCACCGCCCAUGGUUAUUGCAGAUGAAGUCCAUGAGGCUGAGCAUGACGACCACGAUGAGAACAUGAGAAGCUACAGUGCUGAGUUCCAGGUUGAAGGCAUUCGUAAUAACCGUGAUGAGGAGGACCGUCUCACUGAGGCUGAGAAAAAUGAGCGUGUGCAGAGGCAGCUUAUGGCCCUGAGCUCUGAGCUGGCGGAUGCACGGGAUGAAUCCAAGAAGACUCAGAACGACAUUCUGCACAUGGAGAACAUGCGUGCUGGGAGAGACAAAUACAAGACCCUGCGUCAGAUCCGCAUGGGCAACACCAAGCAGAGAAUAGAUGAGUUUGAAGCCUUGUAGAGACUGAUAUCAUAUCUGAAUAACCUCAACCAAAACAAAACAUCCUACUAGCUCACCAAUGGUCUCACUUUCCAUCUGGUGUCCAAGUAACUGUUAUUUAGCCUUUCUUACUGUUAUUUAAUCAUGGUAGGUUUAUUGGACAGGAUUGUAUUUUUAAAGAUUCCUAUGGUUGGAUAAGGUGUUAUGAAGUGGAGCAGUUUGGGAUUAAGAUCCUUGUGGCUACAGGAGGUCUUAUUUUCCAACCAGCUCACAUGCCAGUUUGGAGCCCUAACCCACUGAAGUGCAUCUUACAAUAUACUUACCAACUUAUGUUCACCAUAAAUACAACUGUUCCUACAUCUGUUAAACACCACUUUUUAUGGGGUUUAGAACAUUAGGCAUGAGACUUUCAGCCAAGAUCAUAUUUAUACUAACUGUGCCAUAGCUUUUUAAAAUAGAAUAAUUUAAAAGUUUCCAUCCUUUUUGUUGUAGUUCUUUCUUUUGUAAAAUAGUGCUGAUUGCCAGAGAUGUAUAGGGAAAACAUCACCCUGUAAGAUUAGACUGGCUGCUGAAGAGACCAAAUGCAUUCAAUUUUAGCUCCAAAUAUAUUGUUGGAAUGGAAAGGAACAAAAUGUAGGAAAACUUUUAAUGUAAAAGAAGUCAUUUUUGUUCAUGUUUUUGGACUUGGUUUGCCAUUUUAAGUUCUUUACACUACAUUUGAUUUUGAUAAAUCUUUAUAAUGAAUCACAACACA